CCGAGACCCGGAGGCGGGGCGCGCCGUGCCACCCUCGGCCCCACGCCCAGGCCCCGGGCCCCGCGCCCCGAGCCCGCCCCAACGCGCGCUCUCACGGGCCGGCAGGAAUGAGGGGAGAAUCCUACUUCCUGGGAAUGAGGAGCCCAGGGCAACAAGGGCCCAUCCCGGAAGAUGGAGGACUUUUCUUCCUCUGCUGUAUAGACAGAGACUGGGCUGUCACUCGGUGCUUCGCAGAAGAGGCCUUUCAGGCCAUCACGGACUUCAACGACCUCCCCAAUGCGCUGUUUGCCUGCAAUGUUCACCAGUCAGUGUUCGAAGGAGAAGAGAGCAAGGAGAAGUUUGAGGGGCUGUUCCAGGCUUAUGAUGACUGCGUGACCUUCCAGCUGUUUAAGAGCUUCAGACGAGUCCGAAUAAACUUCAGCAACCCUAAAUCGGCAGCGCAGGCCAGGAUAGAGCUUCAUGAGACCCAGUUCAGAGGGAAAAAAUUAAAACUCUAUUUUGCACAGGUUCAGACUCCAGAGACAGAUGGAGACAAGCUGCACCUGGCUCCCCCGCAGCCUGCCAAACAGUUUCUCAUCUCACCCCCUUCAUCUCCUCCUGUCGGCUGGCAGCCCAUCAGUGAUGCCACCCCCGUCCUCAAUUACGACCUCCUGUAUGCUGUGGCCAAACUAGGACCAGGAGAGAAGUAUGAGCUCCAUGCAGGGACUGAGUCCACCCCAAGUGUCGUCGUGCAUGUGUGUGACAGUGACAUAGAGGAAGAAGAGGAUCCAAAGACUUCCCCAAAGCCAAAAAUCAUCCAAACCCGGCGUCCUGGCCUGCCACCCUCUGUGUCCAACUGAGCUCAUUGCUCCAUCUUGACGAUAAUACCUGUCUCCUCUUUAUCAUGCUUUCUCCCCCUGUUUGUUGAAAAAAUAUUAAUUGCCUUUAAAUCCCUGGGUGUUCGGUUGUUUGAGAUUCCUUCCUUGUAAUCAAGCCUCUUGGACAAAAGGGCUAGGAAAAGGUGAUAUGUCUCCUGAUCAUAUCAUACCCAUUAAAUAUAAUCCAUUAUUUAGAAGGUUCUAGGGAAAAAAGUAGUAUUUUCUUAUUAAACAAUCGGCACAGCUUAUAUCUUCAUUCUCUCAUGUUGAUCCAAGUCAGAGACAUCAGUGACAAAUAGCACCUGUGUUGUUUGUGAGCUGUUUCAGUCCCAGUCCUGAAGUGUGUAUUGUUUUUUUCCUGGCCACUUAAAUAGGACCAUAUAUAAACUUGACUUUGACUGCAUGAGAUUUCCCUAUCUGGUCUCACUCAGUCCUCUGCAUCCCAACAUUCCCAGGACAUGCAUGAUCACCAGCAUUUAUUUUCAUUGUUUGAGGAUAUUCUACAAGCCACAGAUUGUCAGCAUCCAGCCAUGUCCUACCCUAGAUUAGGAAAAUUAUCAGCAUCACCCAGCUCAACCAGUCUGGGUAGAUUCACUAUUUUGAGUCAAUUCUUCAUGGCUCUGUUAAAAUUCCUGGAGGCAAAACUGAGCUUGGCCCCAAAGAUAUUCCUCAAUAGAGUUUGAUUACCACUUCCGUGUGGAUCUUCCCAGCCUCAUGGGGGAGGCUUGUCCAGAGUGGUAGAGAUCAAUUUCAGACAAACCUAUUUAUUACAAAAGUUUCGUGGUGUCUGAAUGAUUUUUUUUCCUCUUUGUAUACUUGUACAAAUGUUUCAGCUGUGCUUUUAAAAUCUGGAUGUUUUUUAUUUAGUGAUUGUUCAACCAUUAGCUGCUUGAAAAUAUGUGCAUUGCUUAUGAAUGCAUUCAUAGACUAAUACAGAUAAUCUGAUAUUAUUACACUCUAUUACAGAUAAUGCUGAAUUUUGAAAGGGCACAAAAACGUCUCAUGCCAAUAUAAAAAUGAUUAGCCAAUAUCUUUGCUAUCAAGACCACUGUUUUUAAAUAAAGAUGCAAGUGUCAGUUAAAGCUAAACCUCCAGAAUGUACUACAGCCAAGAAUAUUAAAAUAGGGAACGAUGAUAGAAAAACGUAUGCCAGUCCUGCUCAUGUAGUGCUUAAAAAUACCAUUUGUUUUCGUUGUAUGUGAUUUUUCUAUUUCUCUAUCCCCAAGUGCAUUACAGAAGAUACACCUUUAGAACCAUUACCUUCUGCUCCAUGUGCCAGGCCUCAUCUACUCCUGUACAUUAGUGAAUUCCUUUAGAUGCAAAUACAAAUUAUGAUGGAGUCGGGGAAGUACUCUCUUUACCCAAGCCUCAGAAAAACACACAAGAACAAUGACACAGCCAACUGAUUGAAGGAUGGUUGUGGUUUUGGACUAAGGUGUAUGCUAGUUUCAUCAGGAACUUAACACAUAGACUGAUCACUCAGAAAUUAAAGUCCGUUCUACUGUGAAUAUAGCAAUAUAGUACUGGACACAGUACAGGCAAAACUGAGGAGAGCAUUGCUUGUAAAAUCCUGAGUUUCCAAAAGAACAAUGAAGACUCCUUUAAAAAAUAGAAUCUGAGGAGUAUAUAAUAAGCAAAUGCUUUGACUUUUCCUUUGCUGUGGAGCGUUUGGGCGUUUUCUUAGCCAAAGAGACUACACGCUUACUGGUGGAGAUGCAAUGCCCUCUAGUGAAGAAAUAUUACUCUCAGAAAUACAACAGUGGACCAUGGGCAGGCUGACUCUCUUCUCAGCCACCUGCAGGUCGUAUGAAUUUUUAAGCUAUCUUGAAUUUUCAGAAUGCAGGUUCUACAGAAAUCCAGAUGAGAUAAAAUGUUUAAAAAGGAUUUUUAAAUGUUGUAAUAUAUACAUCAGAUGUUUCCGACAUUGUAAUGAAGUUGAAGUGACUGUUCCAUGGAGUCAUAAAUUAAACUCAGUGGAGCACAUGACCCUGUUGGUUCAGUCUUAGUAAAAUUUAUUGCUACAUGUCUCAGAUCAGAAAAUUCCUUCACUAGGUUGGGUUCAGGGUGGACAGGACGAAGAGCUCCUGGGAGUGCUAAGAAAUGAGGACUCCUUGAAGUUUCUCAAUGGAACCUCCUAGCACUGGGGAAGUCAGAAUUGCCUCAGCAUUUCCAUGAUGCACAUUAUGCAAGCCUCUUUAGCACUAUUUUAAGUUUGAGAAGUUUAAAUAUGGAGGGGAAGGGGAAGAUUUCCACUAA